AAAAACAACAAAUUUCUGCACAAGAGAAGGAAGAACUAAAAUGGGAAAUCCACAUGUUCUGGUUAUACCUUAUCCAUCACAAGGACAUGUAAUUCCUAUGAUGAAACUUUCACAAUGUUUAGUGAAACAAGGGUGCAGGAUUACUUUUGUAAAUACAGAGUAUAAUCACAAGCAGCUCAUGAAUGCAUCGGCUAUGAAGGAUGGUACAGGGAAUGGAAUUCGUCUUGUUUCGGUUUCAGAUGUGCUAGAAUCCUCAGAGGAGAGAAAACAGCCAGAGAAAGUAAUGAAAGCAAUCAUGCAGGUUAUGCCACAGAAAGUGGAGGAGCUCAUUGAUCAAGUUAAUGAAUCUGACGACGAAGAGAUCGCUUGUGUCCUAGCAGAUUACAAUGUUGGAUGGGCACUGGAAAUUGCUGACAAGAAGGGCAUCAGGCGAGCUGCAUUCCGGCCUAAUGCAGCGACACUGAUGGUCUUGGUGUUGAGCAUUCAGAAGCUGAUUGGUGACGGAAUAAUAGAUAAAGAUGGAACACCGACUAAAAAGCAGAUGAUUAAGUUAUCACCAAACAUGCCUGCCAUGAACACAGCAGACUUCAUGUGGACUUGUACUGGAAACAUGAACUUGCAGAAAACUAUUUUCAAAAAUACUAUAACAAACACUAGAGCGAUGAAACUGACAAACUGGCUGCUUUGCAACUCAGCUUAUGAUCUUGAACCUGCAGCAUUUACCAUGGCUCCAGAGAUACUACCGAUAGGCCCUAUUUUUGCCGGCAACCCACCAGGAGACUCAGCAGGAAAUUUCUGGGCAGAGGACUUUACUUGUUUGAAAUGGCUCGACCAGCAGCCACCUCAAUCAGUCAUAUAUGUUGCAUUUGGCAGUUCCACCUUUUUAGAACAAACCCAAUUCCAUGAAUUAGCAUUGGGGCUUGAACUCUCCAACAGACCUUUCCUGUGGGUUGUGCGCCCCGGUAUUACAUAUGCAGUAGAUGAUGCCUACCCAAAAGGAUUUCGACACAGAGUCGGUGGUCGUGGCAAGAUAGUUGAUUGGGCACCUCAGCUGAAGAUCCUGGAUCAUCCUUCAGUUGCUUGCUUUAUAAUUCAUUGCGGUUGGAACUCAACAAUGGCAGCAUUAAGCAAGGGGGGUCCUCUCUUGUGCUGGAAUUACAUUGUUGAUCAGUUCCACAACGAAAGCUACAUUUGCGAUACGUGGAAGGUAGGAUUAAGGUUAAAUAGAGAUGAAAGAGGGAUCAUUACACCAGAAGAAAUUAAAACUAAAGUGGAGGAACUGGUGGGAAAUGGAAAAUAUAGUGCAAGUGCUUUAGGUCUCAAGGAAUUGGUCAUGAGUAGCAUCAAAGAAGGUGGGAGCUCCUACAACAAUUUAAUGAAUUUCAUUCUAUGGUUGAAAUCAUAG